AAACAAGGAAGAAAUAUAUUAAAAAAAAGGGGAACGUUCUAGCAUCGGACUCGUGGAGUGGGCGUCGAAUGGGUUGGUGCUCUCCCUCUGGUCCGAAGCAGGCGGCCACGACAGUCAUCUGCUUCCUUACCGGCGUGGCUCUGUUCGUCACCGGCGCCCACCUCUCCUACGUCCACAUCGCCCCCCAGCAAGCCCGUACCCGCGCCCGUGACGAAUUCGUCCGCGAAUUCCUCCGCAAGAAGUACGACUACCCCAAAUAAUAACAGCGGCUUCCAGGCCCCCUAUGCGCUCAUCGAUGGCUUUGGUUCCGGCUCCGAACUUGGUGGAGUCUUCUGUGAUCGCGGAGGUGGACAUGGGAGGCGACUCCGAUCCAUCCUCCGUCACCAUCCGGGCCACCGUCGUGCAGGCCUCCACCGUCUUCUACGACACCCCUGCAACCCUCGAUAAAGCAGAGAGACUAAUUGCAGAGGCUGCUGCAUAUGGAUCACAAUUAGUUGUGUUCCCAGAAGCAUUUAUUGGUGGUUAUCCUCGUGGCUCUACCUUUGGUGUCACCAUAGGUAGUCGUUCAGCCAAGGGAAGAGAGGAGUUUCGGAAAUAUCAUGCUGCAGCAAUUGAUGUGCCUGGUCCUGAAGUUGACCGCUUGGCAGCAAUGGCUGGAAAAUAUAAGGUCUUUCUAGUAAUGGGUGUGAUUGAGCGGGCCGGAUACACACUUUAUUGUACAGUUCUCUUUUUUGACCCGCAGGGUCAAUACCUGGGAAAGCACCGCAAACUCAUGCCUACAGCUUUGGAACGUGUAAUAUGGGGAUUUGGAGAUGGAUCUACAGUUCCUGUUUAUGAAACUCCACUUGGAAAGAUUGGUGCUCUCAUAUGCUGGGAGAAUAAAAUGCCACUUUUAAGGAUGGCAUUGUAUGGUAAAGGUAUUGAGAUAUAUUGUGCUCCCACGGCUGAUGCCAGGGAUGUCUGGCAGGCUUCAAUGACCCACAUUGCACUUGAGGGCGGAUGCUUUGUUCUGUCUGCUAACCAGUUUUGCCGAAGAAAAGACUAUCCUCCCCCACCCGACUAUAUGUUUGCAGGAGUAGGGGAUGAACCUUCACCAGAUUCUGUUGUAUGUGCAGGAGGAAGCGUCAUCAUUUCACCAUCUGGUGCGGUUCUAGCAGGUCCAAACUAUGAAGGAGAGGCCCUCAUCUCAGCUGACCUAGACCUUGGAGAACUUGUGAGAGCCAAGUUUGACUUCGAUGUGGUGGGGCACUAUUCAAGGCCUGAGGUGCUGAGUCUGACUGUUAAAGACCAUCCACAGGACCCUGUCUUAUUUGCUUCUGCUGCGAAGACAGAAAACUCACAAAAAUCCUAGUCCUCGCUAGCAUAUUUGCUGUUUGUCGUGUAUCAUGUACCACUUUGCCGGACUGUAAUCUUCUAAAAUAUGUGUGAACGUGGACUAUUUAUGCUCAUCCAUGCCUUGCUAAAAGAUUUCUACUA